AUGUCUUCUGAGGGCCUAUUCAAAGCAAGCGUCGAUGAAUAUUUAGAGGGUUUGCCACAAGUAGUUCAAUCUCAGUUAUAUGAGGCUCCAGCGACAUGCCUUUCCAUAUACCGAUUGCUACCGCCUAUUGCCAAAUUUUACAUCAUGUCGAUGAUAUUUUAUGAAAAGCCGGUAGCACUUAAAGAUUUAGACAAGUGGUGUAAGCCUAUGGCUAAAAGACUGCAGCUUGAAUCUCUAAAAAGGUUAAAGUCUUUACAUUUGAUCGAAGAGGACAAAGGAGGCUCUCACGUAAGACUUCAUUCCACGUUCAGGAAAAACUUCCGAGAUUGCUUAACUGGAACGCAGAAACCGAAUGCAUUUGGAGACCUAUGUACCACUGGUGAUACAGAAAAGGUUGACGUAAUUUUCUUAGAUUCUUUUGCAUCACAGAAAUGGGAAACGAUUCUUCAUUUCAUGGUGGGGACUGAUUUGAAAGUGACUCCGACGAAUUCAGUUUUGAAGUUAUUGAAGCUGGGAGGAUUAAUGGAAAAGUCUGGAUCGGGUGCCAAAAAUUUGAAGAUUACAAAUACUGGGUUUCAGUUCUUACUACAAGACCUUAAUUCUCAAAUAUGGACAUUACUUUUACAAUACUUAAAUUUGACUCAGGAUUUAAACAUGGAUCCUGUAGAUGUUUUGAAUUUCAUAUUUAUUCUAGGAUCUUUAGAAUUGGGUAAGAGUUAUAAAAUAGCAAGUUUAAGCGAGACACAAGUGAGCAUGUUGGACGAUUUGAAGGAGUAUGGUUUAGUUUACCAAGGAUCAAAUUCGUCUGGUCAAUUUUAUCCCACAAGGCUAGCAACAACAUUAACGUCAGAUUCCACAACUUUAAAAUCUCUGUCGCUUGUUGUUGAUCAAGCGCUGGAGGCAGCAGAGAAUCAGGAGGAAGUGGUGACCUAUGCCUCGCCUAAUCAGGGGUCUAUCAUCAUCGAAACAAAUUUUAAAUUGUAUGCAUAUUCAACUUCUCCUUUGGAGAUCGCAAUUCUUAACCUAUUUGUUCACCUAAGAACAAGAUUUGCGAACAUGGUUUGUGGACAAAUAACUAGGGAAUCUAUUAGGCACGCUUUAUACAAUGGGAUAACAGCUGACCAGAUAAUCAGGUUUCUUGAAAGUCACGCACAUCCUCAAAUGAAGUUAUAUGCGAAAGAAAAACUAGAUAAAAAGAUAGAAUUUGACACUAGCAAUAACAUUAAUACAGCAGGAGGUGGUUCACAAUCACAAGUCAGCAAUAGCUCUAUAGCUCAGCAUAAGUUGGAAAUUUUGCCUCCGACAGUUGUUGACCAAAUUAAAUUAUGGCAGCUAGAAAUGGAUAGAAUACAAACAUUUGAUGGCUACUUAUUUAAGGAUUUCUCAAAUCAGAAAGAGUAUGAAGUCUUAUCCAAUUAUGCGUCAGAAGUUGGCGUCCUCAUUUGGUCUGAUAAGAAUAAAAAAAAGUUUUUUGUAACUAAAGAAGGCAUUGAACAAGUAGCUGACUUUGCUAAUAGAAAUCUACAAAGGACAAGAAAUUCUUAA